AUGGCAGAUUGUCAGCCCAUCGGAGAAAAGGGGACGUUUAAGAGAGACAUGCUCCUGGCGCAGAGACAACAGGAGAUGCUGGAGAAGCAAGAAGCGGAUCGCGCGGCCUAUUUUCAGCAGAUGAGAGACAAACAGUCGAAGAUGCUUGCGGCGUACGAGGCCGGGGUGGGCAACGAGUUGGAAAAGAAGAUGCGGGAGGACGAAGAACGUGCGAAGAGGUACCAAGCGAUCGCCGAGGAGAAGGAGAAACUGAAGAUGGAGAUGCGCGAGAAGAAAAUGAAGGAAGCCAAGAAAGCGAGCCAUGAAUAUAUCCAGAUGCAGCUGCAGGAACGGCAGAUUCAGAAGCAGCAAGCGCGGGAGGAGGAACUCGAGCUCCUUGCUCGCCUCAAGGCUCAGGAUGAAGCACUGGCGCAGAAAGAGCAGGCCAAAGUGGAAGCCAAACGCCGUGCCCUGCAGGUGAAUGCGGAGAAUUUGCGGGAACAAAUCCGUCUCAAGAAUGAGGAAACACCUUCGCGUUAUGCUCGUGACCAGAUGAACGAGGUGGAACGCAAGUUCAACAAGACUCGGCUUCAAAAGGCCUUGACCGCACGGCAGGAAGUCCUACGCAAAGCUGAGACUGAGUCUGAUAAAGCCUUGUCCGCACGAUAA